AUGAAGUUUGAGACAAGCACAGUUCUUGUGGCGUUUUUGGGUGUUGCCGCCGCCCGCCCCGAUGCCUUCCGUUCAUCGAACUCAGGAAAGGUCCGCCGCGAGGUGCCUCAGGAGCACUCGCACGAGGCCAUCCUCCAAGCCGCCAACACUGCUCUGAAGUUGGACAACCCCGAGAACAUCCAGGAUGCUGUCUUCUCGUUGCUUGGAAAUGCUGCUGCUGCCAACGGUGCCGGUGACGUUACCAACCUGGACUGUCUCCAGCAGCACGUUGCCGACCAGGCCUUCACCAACGCCAAGGCGGCCGGUGAUGUUGACGGCCAGGCCAACGCCCUGCUCUUCCGUGCUCUCGAGCGCAACACAGGCAAGGUCGGUCUGGCCUCGGUCAUCUGCAAUGAGACGGCCACCAACCCCGAGGUCGAUGCUAUCACUCAGCACCAAGAUCCCGCUUCGGAUAACGCCGCCGCUGUUAACAAGCAGAUCGUUCUGGACCUUGCUGUGCAGCUGGCUGCCAUUGGCGCCGAUCCCCAGCUUGCUCUGUCGACUGGUACCUUUGCCCCUGGCGACGUGACCGACGCAACUGGCGCAGGUAACUCCUGUGAUGACAUUGUCGACGAGGGAUGCAUUGUUGCGCAGAACCUGUUGGUCGAGGACGCAACUGCUGAUGAAAUCGAUGCCGCUGUCAGCGCCGGCGGCGCGUCCGUCUCGAACGGUACUGCUACCGCUACCGGCUCUGCCUCCACUGCCACUGAAACCGCUGCUGCUGAUGAUGAAUGCGACAGUGAGGACUCUGCUACGGCCACUGCUACUGCCUCUGCCUCUGCCGGAGCCACUGCAACCGGCACUGCCACCAGCUCGGGCGGUGUCGAUGUCAACGCCUUCACGGGCUCGACGGGCGCCGCUCCCGUCCCCGUCGUCUCCUCUGCCGCCUCGGACCGCCCCUUCUCGGUCAACGGCGACACCUUUAUCAACAUUGGCGCCGCGGUCCAGCGCGCCUGCGACGUCCAAAAGAACCAGUGCGCCAACGCCGCCAACAGCGGUGGUGGUGGCUCCGUUUCCGACUGCGAUGCUCAACAGCAGCAGUGCAUUGCCGCCAACAACAAGAAGAAGCGAGCCUUCCCCCGCUACUAG